AUGUCCAUGAGCAAAGAGGUUGCCAAAAGUAUUGAGGACUUCCGUGCAAACGUCGCGGAGACUGCAGAAGGCAUCGUCUUUCGUGUGUUUCCAGACAAGUCCACGCAAGCCGAAGAUUCACCCUACCAAAUAUCUCGAGCGGACGCGUCCACAGACGCUACCAUCCACCCUCCGCCAUCAUCAGCAGAAAUAAAUGGUCCAUCAUCUAACAAGCGUAAGCGCAAUGAAGAUGGAAGUGCUUCACUCGCCCACAUGAACGAGACCGUCAACGCAAGAUACCCAGAGCUUGUGCACGCCAACAAACUCAUUUCAAAGCUGCAUGAGACGAUCAAAUUAGAGUGUGCACAGUUAUCUGACUCUUGUGACAAAGUCAAAUUAUGGGUGAACCUGACCAUGCCAAAGUGUAUCUCGUUUAUGGCGCUGAAACUGAAAUCGUCUGACACCCAAGGUGUUCAAAUCCAAGAGGAGGUUCUUAGCGAACUUCUCAGGUCGCAGGAGAGUGCAUACAACAUACGUGAUGGUGCUCGCCAACAUCAUUUGGCAAGAGCAAAGAUUUGCUCCAAACUCAUCAAGUACCCCAACAUAGAAGAUUACACACUGGGUUUGAAAGAACAUGAUGAGAAGCAGUUUUUCUUUACUCGCCAGAACCUCAUAGACAUUCGCAAUGUCUACGCUGUCCUGACUGACAUUUUGCACAAAAAUAUUGCCAAGAUUCGGGCACCCAAGGGAAACAAUCGUGCCGGGCUAUACUGAUGCAUAUACGUUCUGGGACCAGUUUCAGUACUCUUACCGUAUCCAUACUGAUAAUUACACAAAGUGGUUACCAUCUCGGUUGAUGCGUCCCUCAUGAUAACCAGUGACGUCUAUUACAUUCCAGGUAUAUAACUUCUGAAAGUUCUACUUUUCUGGCAACAAGGGCCUCCGGCGCACGACUACACUGAUAUCGUUUUGAAGAUGUUGAAUCCAUCAAGUGCAGUACUUAGAACUGCGCCUGGAAUCUGUGGGUGCCAGUGAACUUCCUUCACAUCCUU